GCGGUCCAAUGAUUUCUCAGGUAACUAUAGUUGGAAAGAAAUGUAUAACACAAAAAAAAAAAAGAAACACUAAACAAACAAAAAAUAAGCAAACAAGAAAUACCGUUAUAGACGUUGACCUGAAAAUUAACAUUAAGGUUUAUUUCCAUUAAAAUAAAUUUUAUUUAGCUCAAUGGUCUAAUUGGAGUGCUUAUGAUGAAUGUAGCGAAACUUGUCAAUCAAAUGUUAAUACAGCCCCAACUCAGGCAAGGAGACGAACUUGUAAUGGAAGGACAUGUCCUGGAAGCCCUGUAAUGACAAGAAAUUGCAGUGUCCAUGUCACUUGUCCAGGAACACUUACGCAAUGGUCGGCUUAUGGUAUAUGUUCCUCUACAUGUCACUCAGCUUCUCAUGUUCCAUUUCAACAAAGAACACGCAGUUGUGUAGGAGCCACGUUUGGAGGAAAUUGUUUUGACGCGUUAUUAAAUGAAACCUUUUAUUGUAAUUUGAAUGUAGCUUGUCCAGGUAAAUAUUUGUGUAAAACGUGUUGCUUUCCUCCAUAAUUAUUUUUCAUAUAACCUUUGUCUUGACAAACGCAGGUGAGCUAUCAUCAUGGAAGCAGUGGGCGACCUGCAGUGAAAGUUGUCAAAGCAAUCUAAAUGUUGCACCUACAAGAUCUAGGACUAGACAAUGUUUAGGUGUCACUUUUGGUGGAAACUGUGGUGGUGUAAGUCUUUCAAUGACUGGAACAUGUAAUGUGGGAAUUAGUUGUCAAGGUGAUCUAUGGUGAUUUUUACAAAGAUUUCAACUGAUUAUUUACGUUCACAA